AUGGUUCUAAAAUACCCAAGAAAACCUAGAAAUAUUAGAAUUUUGGAGUUAGUGCCAUCAAGGAGAGAUGGUGGAGUGUUCAACGAAGGAGAGUGGGGGGGAUAUGAAGGAGGACGAUGGAGAAGUGUUACCGGUCCGGUCUAUUUGGCUUUGGUUUUUUCAUUGACGGGUAGACGAGGAUCCGCAUUGGGUUGCACUGUAUGGAAAGGCGUAUCAAUCCCAACGAUCGCGAAAUCACCCGACGACUCCGUCAACACUCAUUCAGGCGCAUAUAUUCAGAUCUAUCCUUAUUUUCAUCCACGUGUUCUUCAAGCACUGUCCUAUCUCGUCAAUUCCGAACGUGGUCACGGCGUACCAUCGCGAAUUUUAGUUGGUGCCAAAGGUACUCUUGCUCGCGUCGGCUCCGCUCGAGGAGCGUUGAUUGUAUUUUGUCGACGGUGGAACCUCACGCGCCAGCACCUCAUUCCUCAGCUCUUGCCUUUACAACUACAUCAGAGGGGGACUGCUCAGGACGUCUUUGACCGUCCUAUGUUGUUCGUUUCGAUCCGUUACGUCUAG